AUGAAGUGGAACCACAAUGGCCCAUACUUAUUCAAGGUCCCUACCAGUUUGGAUAGACGCAAAUACCUUAAAAAGGCUCUUGGAAUAAGGGAACAGUUUGACGUUGAAGACAUGGUAGUUGCUCUGAGGUGUUUGAAAGGUGAUUUUGGAGAAAAUCAACUUCCUGACAAUUGUCAAGAAUUAGUUAAAUCUAUUGUAAUCCAUAUGGCAUCUGUACCACUGGAAAGAGAUUUUGGGCCAGUAAUGCUACCAGACACUCAAUUUAUACUGCACGAGGCAAAGAAACUCUACCACAAUGAUAUUCCAUGGGCACCACUUGAUGAUGACUAUUGCUAUGUACAUCACGCGGUUCCUCUUGGAGCCGCGGUAGCACUAGGAGUCCAGCUGUGCAGAACUGCCAGUCUCGCCAAGUACAGUGUCGAUAGCGAGUUUAUGGUCAUGGAGUUUGGGCAGCAUGAGGAUCUCACGAAACGAAUACAAAAUAUCAUUCGUGACUAUCCGUUCGAUAUGACGAUUCUCAAAGAGCUCCUUCAGAAUGCUGACGAUGCGAAGGCUACAAAAAUGCACGUCAUACUGGACAUGAGGGAGCACAGUAAGGAGAACCUUUUGUCGGAAAACUGGAGUGAACUGCAAGGCCCAGCACUACUAGUAUGGAAUGACAGUGUCUUCUCAGACUAUGACCUGGUAGGUAUAAAACGCCUGGGUCUUGGCAGCAAGCGGUCUGAUUCAGAGACCAUUGGUCAGUAUGGAAUAGGCUUCAAUGCAGUUUACCAUCUCACUGACUGCCCAAGCUUUCUGACUGGCGGUAAUAAACUCUGCAUCCUAGAUCCUCACAUGAGGUAUGUUCAGCACGGUACUGUAAAGCAUCCCGGUGAAAUGUACACCGGACUGGAUGAGAAGUUCUGGAAAAAAUUUGAUGGGAUACAGUCAGCGUAUCUACGAGAUGGCCUCAUAAAAGUACCGAAAGAGUUACUUGGUGGCACUCUAUUCCGAUUUCCGUUGCGACACACAAUGGCACAUGUUACCUCAUCUGAAAUUGUCAAAGACUUAAGUGGAAAAGUGGUGGAUCGGGUGAUAUCAGCUCACAGAAUGUGUGACCUACUCGAAGAUUGGGUACCUAACAUGAAACAAUCCCUACUGUUUCUCAACAAUGUCGUAGAGCUUAAGUUCUCUGUAAUCAGGGACAGAAGGGGAGUGUUGCACUUACAAAACCGGUACAGAACUGAACUCGAUGAAACUGCUUGUGGAAGAAGAGUAGAACUUGCGCAAAAGGUGAAAGCAUACGAUGAUACUACCACCGGUGGGGAACCUUUCAUUACAACCUAUCCAUUAACUCUCGUAGAAACUGUUAAAAAAGGAAAGGAUGUGAAGGAAGAAUGGCUAAUUCAGCAGGGAAUCGGUGACAUGGAAAACAGUGUAAAAACCUGGUCAUACGUUGAACAAGUCAAGCCGAGGCAUGGCAUAGCAGCUCCACUAAGACAUAAAAGGACCAAAAAUUGGACGGUCAAGUAUUUUGCUUUCUUCCACUGCCGUUGA